AUGACUUCUUCUACUCAUGAUCCCACAGAUAACGAGAACGAGGCUGAUGGACAAGAGCAGUCAGAAUCACAGAUGCAGCCUGUAUCUGCAAAUGGAAUUUCUCAUGCUGGUAUUGAUACUCAGGUUGUUCAAUACGUACCACCUCCGCAGCUUGGCCCUGGACAUGCUAUGGUGCCACCUGCUUAUCCAUAUCCAGAUCCCUACUACAGAAGCAUGUUUGCUCCCUAUGAUGCACAAGCUUAUCCGCCACAGCCCUACGGUGGACAUCCAAUGGCCAAUCUUCAGCUAAUGGGAAUUCAGCAUGCAGGUGUUCCUUUGCCAACUGACGCAGUCGAGGAACCUGUGUUUGUCAAUGCAAAACAGUAUCAUGGUAUUUUAAGACGCAGGCAGUCUCGUGCUAAAGCUGAAUCAGAAAAGAAAGUUACAAGGAAUCGGAAGCCAUACUUGCACGAAUCGCGACACUUGCACGCACUGAAAAGAGCAAGAGGAUGCGGAGGUCGGUUCCUGAAUUCAAAGAAAGACGAGAAUCAACAGGACGAGGUUGGAUCAGCUGACAACUCACAUACCAAUAUCAAUCUCAAUUCUGAUAGAAAUGAUCUCGCACCAUCUGAUAAAAAUUCUUGA